AUGCUAUUGAUUCACCAGACGGGCAGUGUGCGUGUGGGUGAGGUGGUCAGGUAUACUGUAACGUACACACCGGCAGCCGACACCGCCAGUCCCAUCCCAGGGGAAUUAUUUGUAAAAGUUAAGAAUACAUCCGCAAUUCCCCUCCGAGCUGCCUACCUUCAUGGCCCAUAUACCCUCUAUACGUCUUGCUAUCCAUCCACAUUCGACCCAAACGUCAAACUCGAUCAGCAAGCCACCGAAGGUAUUCCGCAGUUUGAACCUUAUCUCAAAGCUGGGGGCAGUUGGAGUGCCGUCAUCACCGUGCCUCGACGUCUUCGUCAAAAACAAGAGGUCGCAUCUACUGAGCCCGGAAGUCACCAGAAAGUAACGUGGAUCAUAGAGAUAUUAUCCCAAGUAAUAUUUUCGAGUACUGCAUCCGUCAACUUUGAGCUUUUGGUGGGCCGCGACCAAAAAUCAGUGGAGGUGUUUUCUUCCGGUGCAGCAUCAACCACUGGGCUUCAAGCAGCCCAACUAAGUGACCACUGGUUACACAAUGCGAAAGGCAAGCAGGUGUUUGCUACAAAUGGAGUGUAUUCCAGAGCUGUAACGUUGCAGAUAGAUAAUACUGCGAGCCUCUGGAACACGCCUGCCUUUCCUUCGUCCGACAAAAGCUGCGGGGCGGAAAAGGAUAAGGGGGUAAGCGAAGACAGUCCAACAAACAAUGCUGAAGCAUCGACGAGAUCUAGCGAGCCAGUUGAUCAGUCGCAGAACAACAGGCGUAGAAAGAAAAUACAUCUCGUGGUUCUGACCCAUGGCCUACAUAGCAACCUUGGUGCAGACAUGCUUUAUCUCAAGGAGAGCAUUGAUACUGCAGCCAGAAAAGCUAAGGAACAAGCCUAUAAUGCUCGCCAGAAACAUAAAAGCGAACAGAGAAGCAACGAUGAUGAUUAUGAUGACAACGACGAUGAUGAGCAAGUCGUUGUUAGAGGAUUUCCCGGAAAUGCAGUCCGUACGGAACGCGGGAUUCAGUAUCUUGGCAAGCGUCUCGCAAAAUAUGUCUUGCUAUUGACACACCCAGACCAGCCUUGCAAUCCUUGUCACAAUGCAAAAUCAAAAACCCUACCGAAAUCUCUCGCCCUCUGGAGGAAUGCGGCGGGGGAGUCCCCUAAGGACCAUACAGCUUCUGUACCAGGGCCAACCGGAGGGGGCCAUGCCUAUCGAGUCACCAGCAUCAGCUUUAUUGGCCAUUCUCUUGGCGGGCUCAUUCAGACAUAUGCCAUUGCAUACAUCCAGAAACAUUCUCCUGAAUUCUUUGAUGUGGUUAGGCCCGUUAACUUCAUCGCCUUAGCGACUCCUUUUCUCGGCUUGAGCAAUGAAAACCCUAUGUACAUCCGCUUUGCCUUAGACUUAGGUCUGGUUGGUCGGACGGGCCAGGAUCUAGGACUCAGUUGGACAGCGCCUCGAGUGAGAAAUGGCUGGGAAGCUAUAAUUGGUGGGAAAGGCAAUCCUGCUAAAUCACAAGGUCAACCAGAUGCUGGAUCAAAACCCCUAUUGAGAAUCCUUCCCUGUGGUCCUGCACAUGAAGUUCUGGCGAAGUUUCAACACCGUACAGUCUACUCUAAUGUAGUCAAUGAUGGGAUUGUACCUUUGAGGACUUCUUGUCUCCUUUUUCUUGACUGGAGAGGAUUAGAACGAGUUGAAAAGGCACGGAGAGAAAAUGGGAUAGUUGGCACAAUGGCUGAAUGGGGGUGGGCCGAAUUGACUGGCGCAAAUUCAAAAUCGCCACGGACGGCUCGCUCUGGUACAGAGUCAGAAUGGAAGGAUACUGAAGAGGAAAUCAAUAAAGCCCACAAGCACAUACCAACAACGCAGACAACCUCGCAUAGUGUUACGACGCCUGCCAGUACCCCGAUACCUCAUCAGCCAUCGGAUCAAUCCCAACAUUCAAUUUGGCCUAAUACGACGAUAGAUGCAGCUCCAAUGGACAACCAACCUGUAACCUAUGGCCCCUUGAGCAAUCUCUUUACUAUAUUCCGGUCAAAAGAAGCUGUUAAAAUAUCCUCUGGGCACAAGCAAUCUAAGAUGCUUAAACGUAGCCAGACACUUGGCGCAUCCAGUGGUGUUAUACAGGGGCCGCCGUCUCCUUGUGCCCCUACCCAUGAAUCAUUUGUCGAUAGUCAACUGUCUGACGACCAUGGGCUUUAUGCGCCACCAAAGACUACCCUUUUUGAGUCAGCCAGUGAUCUUCUCAUGCCACCCCUUCCUCCCAUUGAAUUUAUAAUUGAUCCUACUUCAAGACCUCGGACCAUUUUCCAUGACCGGGUCUAUAGCCCUGAGGACAUACCUCCUCCCUUGACUCCCAAGAGACGAACCUUAACCUUUGGUUCUUCUCAAAGUAAGGCCUCGAAAACAGGGCCAUUUUCACCGGAUGAAUCCACGCAUCGUGACUUAAAUGAGAGCGAGAGUGGGCUCAAAGUCGAAGAGAAGAUCGCCAGAGCUUAUCAUCGAGACUUAACGUGGCGAAAAGUGCUCGUUCGUCUUGAACCAGAUGCACACAACAAUAUCAUUGUUCGACGAAUGUUUACGAACGCGUAUGGUUGGCCCGUGGUAAAGCACCUUGUUGAUACUCACUUUGGGUAUACAACUGCGGCCCAAUCUGAAGAUGAUUCUGCGAAAAGGGUAGAAAGGGCAAAGCCACUCGCAGUCCCAACAAAUAGCUUAGCUGAAGAGGUGCAAGGACAGGAGGAACCCCCUAUAGAUGAAUCGACAUCCGCACGAGAGCUCCCAGGCAGCUGA